AUGGUUAAAUACAAAAAAGAAAUAAUAUUUUAAAUUAUUUUUAACAUUAAUAAUAUAUUAAUAACAAUUAUAGAAUACUAGGUUCAUAUAAAAAGGAAUGAUGCAGUGACAAAAAUGAAUUUAUAGCUAACAAAUUAUUUUUUAUCAUCUAAUAAUGAUUAAUUUUAUAGAUGUACAGAACUCAUCAUUUUAAUAAACACCACAAUAACUAGUAAGAAAAUGAUACAAAUUAGUCAUCAGUUUUACCAAAUAAUCAAAAGAAAUGAGCAAAAUAAUCAAUUAUACUUCAUAAUUUUCUAACAGUAAAACUUCAAAGCAAGCAAUGAAGCUAAAAGAUUUAUUAUCAAUAAAAAAAACAAAACUCUAAAAAGUAAAAAUAGAAAAAAUAAAUAUAUGCUUUCUAAACUAUUUACCUUAUUUAUUCUACAUAGCGAUCUAGCAAAGCUCUUAAAUUUAUCUAAAUGA